UUAAGCUGAUUUCUCUUUUCUGACCAACCAAGCCAAAGCCCAGUCCUCCUCAAUUCUGUCUCUCUCUCCUCCCUAUCUCUCUCGCAGCAGCUUGCAAAGGUAAUUUUCCGUCAGAGCUUGAAAACCCUAGAACUCCCAAAACCACUACCACUAGCUCUCACUCUCUUCCUUCUUCUUCGUGUACUUCUCCAAUUGGUACUUGCUCUUUCGCCUUUUCUCAUUCCUUCUGAUUCUUCCUUGUUUCGAUCUUCACUACCUCUCUUUCUCAUUUCUCUUACUCCUUUUGUUUAGCUAUUUUUCGAUUGCUCCAUUUCUCCACCGUCCGAUGGCCGAAGGAAAGCUCGAUCUGCCUGAGGAUCUCCUCUCCUCUAAACCAUCCGAUCACUCCUGGACCACCCCUAAAGAUAACCCCAGUCUUCAAACGUGUAAUGAUUCUGUUGUUGUAUUUAUCUGUUUUCUUAUUGUCCCAGUGGAAGCUUUGGGAAGUGAUGAGGAAAAAGUCUCUCUGGGGUUAAAUGUUAUCACAGAUCAAUUGGCUUCAGAAAGCAGCAUACCUUUAUCUCCUCAGUGGCUAUAUAGCAAACCAAAUGAGAACAAGAUGGACAUGCGUGCUCUAACUUCAGUGUCUCUUGGGAAUUCCAUUGAUCCAAGCCUGAAGGACGGUUGGCGUUUGGAGGGAACUGAAGACAAAAAAGAUUGGAGAAAGACUGUUACUGAGAAUGAAAGUAAUCGCCGUUGGCGUGAAGAGGAAAGGGAAACUGGUUUACUUGGUCCUCGAAGAGAUCGUAGGAAGAUUGACCGUCGUGUUGACAGUGUUUCUAUCAGAGAAACAGUUGAGAAUAGAGUUUUUCCAUCCCCUGAUCGGUGGCAUGAGGCUAACAAUCGUAACCCUGUGCAUGAAGCACGCCGAGAUAGCAAAUGGUCCUCUCGGUGGGGUCCUGAAGACAAAGAGAAGGAACCACGAACAGAGAAGAGGAUGGAUGUGGAUAAAGAGAAGGAUGAUGCUCACAAUGACAAUCAAUCUUCUAUCAUUAGCAACCGUUCAGUUUCUGAGCGUGACUCAGAUUCUCGAGAUAAGUGGAGACCCCGACAUAGAAUGGAGGUUCAUUCAACAGGUUCCACUACCUACCGUGCUGCACCUGGAUUUGGACUUGAAAGAGGUCGGGGUGAAAGUUCAAAUUUGGGAUUUGCUCUUGGACGGGGAAGGUCAAAUGCCAUUGGUAGAUCUUCAUCUGCAGGCACCUCUACCGGUCCUCAUGCAUACAACAGUGGAAGUGUCAUUGGAAAGCCAAACGUCAUAUCGGAGACAUUUUGUUAUCCAAGGGGUAAGCUUCUUGAUAUCUAUCGCAGACAGAAGCUUGAUCCAUCUUUUGCUGCAAUGCCUGACGAAAUGGAGGAAUGUUUACCAAUAACUCAAGUUGAUGUUAUUGAACCAUUGGCCUUUGUUUCUCCUGAUGCUGAAGAGGAGGUUACACUUACUGAUAUAUGGAAAGGGACAAUCACAAGUAGCGGGGUAGCAUAUAAUUCAUUUAGAAAGGGGAGGUCAACUGAAAAUGUUUCUGGCGCUGGAGACUAUGAAUGCAAUGAAGGAAAACUGGGUGUCCUCUCCUCAGUUCCCUCUGAUGAUAGUGCUGAUACCUUUCAAGAUGCUUCAAACAAUGGCACAUGUCAAACUGACGGUGGCCAUUCCUCUUGGAUUCACGAUUCACAUUUAAAUGUGUUAAAUGAAAAAGAGGUUGAUCAUCAAGGAAACAAGGUUACUGCUGAUGGAGUCACUACUACAGUUUUGGAAUGCAAUGUUGCUGGAACUACAAAAGUAAGCAUCAAUACUUCCUCUGCUGCUUCUCCGAUUGACAUUAGAGAUAAUGGGCAGGGAGUGAGGUCUGCUUUGACUAAUUUUCCUGCUGAUGAAGUUGACUCGGCCUCUCCUUUUGAUGUUAAAUCUAAGCUUCCUGACGAUUCAAACUCGCUUUUUGUUCUCCCCUCUCCUGAUCAAGACCGUAGUAGUGCUAUGUUGCACUUGGCUAAUAAAAGUGAUGCAAAAGAUCUGGAAAGGAGUACACAACUCGAGGACUUCUACUUCUAUUACAUUGAUCCUCAUGGGAAUACUCAAGGACCAUUUCUUGGAGCUGACAUUGUCUUGUGGUUUGAAGAGGGCUAUUUUGGAACAGAUUUGCCAGUUCGCUUGGCAGAUGCUCCUGAAGGUACAUCUUUCCAAAGUUUGGGAGAGGUGAUGCCACACCUAAAACUGAGGGGAGUGUAUCCCAGUUCUGAGAAGGAACAAUCUGGUGCUUUAGGAGGAAAUUUGGAGCCUGGUUUACCUGUUGCUGCUCCAGAAAAUACUGAUGUAAUAAAUGAGUUGUGCCAGCCAUUAUCCGAUUUAAAUAGCCUCUCUGCUCAGCAUGUUCAAUCAAGAAUGUCAGAGCCUGAAAAUCCACUUCAUUUGCCACAUUCUGAGAGCCAAAGCUUUCAUGAUUUUGUUGCACAUGAUGAAGAAAUUGUUUUUCCAGGAAGACCUGGCAGUAGUGGCUAUCCUACCAUGCAAUCAUCUGGGAAUGUUCAUGAUCCUUUAGCAAAAUCUAAUGGUUACCCAUCUCUUCAAAAUGAAUUGUCGAAACCUGGCUUACCAUAUCGGAGUGAUAAUAAGUUGCAUCCUUUUGGCUUAUUCUGGUCUGAGCUUGAGGGCUCUCAAAAUAGACAAAUUGAACCUGAUAUCCCUUCCAGUGUGGGAAGGCCUGCUCCACUCGGUGCUAUGACCGAUUCAGCUGCUGUUGCAGAGAAAUGGUCUGAUUUUUAUAGACAAGAUAUUCUUUCUGUCCCCAACUCAUUUCAAGAUGCCACUGCUGCUCGACAUUUGUCACAUGUUGAACAAGAGCCUAAUCGUUUUGACCUAGCAGAGCAGCUAAUGUCACAACAAUUUCAGCAGCAGCAGCAGCAACAACAACAACGAAAUAUACUAUCUCAUUCACACUUGAAUGAAUCGCUUCUAGAACAUGUUCCAGGUCAGAAUCUUAUGCGUCAUCAGCAGAUGGUCAACCGUCCUGUGCCAGACCUGGAACAUCUUUUGGCACUUCAGCUGCAGCAACAGCGGCAGCUUCAUCUCCAAGAGCAACAGCAGCAGUUUCAUCAACAGCAAAAGCUUUUGCAGGAACGACAACAAUCCCAAGCUCGGCAAGUGCUUCUUGAACAGUUGCUUCAUGGCCAGAUGGCUGAUUCUGGCCUUGUACAAUCACAUGUUGAUCCUAUUAGAGCCAACAAUGUUCUUGAUCAGGUUUUAUUGGAGCAACAACUUCUACAUGAACUGCAACAACGGUCUCAUCACCCUCAAAGGCACUUUGUUCCAUCUGUAGAACAACUUACUCAAGCAAAAUUUGGUCAGACACCACAGCAAGAUCAGCAAAGAGAUUUAUUUGAGCUAUUAUCUCGUGCACAGCAUGGGCAAAUGCAAUCUUUAGAGCAUCAGAUUCUUCAGGAACAGCUGCAGGCCAGACAGUUGCCUAUGGGAUUGAGACAGCGGAUGAAUAUGGAGGAGAGUCAUAUUGGUUCUAUGUGGCAACAGGUUAAUGAAAAUGAUCAGUUCUUCAGAAGUUCUGUUAAUCAUAGAGCUCAUUCUUCAGGAAUUAGCCCAUUAGAUUUUUAUCAACGGCAGCAGAGGCCACCACAUGAGGAUCAGUUGAGCCACCUUGAGCGAAAUCUUUCAUUUCAAGACCGACUGCAGCAAGGGCUUUUUGAACCUGGCUCAAUGCCGUUUGAGAGGUCCCUGUCUUUGCCUGCUGGUGUUUCAGGGAUGAAUAUGGAUGUUGUAAAUGCUAUGGUUCAUGCUCAUGGUUUAGAUAUGCAGGAGUUGAGCACCCGAAUGCAAUCUGCUGGUCAAGUGGGAACAUUGUCUUCUGGUGGCCACUUACAUAAUUCUCAUCACCCUGUGGUUCCUAACCAAUUCCAUGUUUCACAUCUUGAUGCUAUUGAUGGCCGUUGGCCUGAAGGCAAUGGGCCGGUAGCAAAUGACUGGAUGGAAUCCCGAAUUCAACAAUUGCACAUAAACUCUGAAUGGCAGAAAAGGGAGCCUGACAUUAAGAUGACUGCUAAAGAUUCAAGUUUAUGGAUGUCAGAUGAAUUGAAUGAUGAUAAAUCAAGGCAAUUGUUAAUGGAAUUGCUCCAUCAGAAAUCUGGUCAUCCACCUUCUGAUACACUUCAUAUGAGUGAUGGAUUGUCUUUUGAGAAGAGGUCAAUGUCAGGCCUUUACUCUGGAUCAAGCUCUUCAGGUCACCCUCUUUCUGUUAUUUCAGACCGGGAAGCCAGUCUAAACAACUCACUUGCCAUAGGUUCUUAUGGUUCUAAUUCUUGUGAACUAGCUGAGGUUUCAUCAGCUGGUGAACAAGCCAGCAGCAUGGGAAGUACAGAAAGAGUACUAUUUAGAUCUGAAUCAGGUGCAAAAUGUGAGGGAAUUUUAUCAUUGUUAGGCGUUAGUGAGACUCAGGCAGUUCUUGGGGAUUCUAACUUCGUUGAUAAGUCCGCUAUCAAUAGAGAGUACCUAGAGGUAGAAGGAAGGAAGUAUGGAUCCAAAAUACAGGGUACGGCAAAGAGUUCUGUUGCUGAUGUUCAUAAUGGCACAGCUGAUCAAACAAGGUUGGCUGCUAUGGAUCAUGGAGAGGUUCCAGUUCAUGCUCUCAGCAGGCAUUCUUCUCUUGGUGUUUCUGGAUUUUAUGAUGACAAAAUUGGACAACAAAAUUCAUAUGCUGAAGAUGUCAGCUUAAAUCAUGCUCCAUAUGGUAGGGUGACUGUACUAUCCAAAGGGCAAGAGAACAUAUUGUUGAGACGAUCACCUGUCUCUCGUGCUUCAUCAUCUCAAGGACUAUCUGAUCUGGUCUCUGAUACAGUUGUCAGGGGGAAAAGUUCAAGUAGUAUUGAGGGGGGAAAUCCAGUGAGCCAAACUACUGAUAAUACAGCUUCCGGCAAGAAAGAUGUGCAUUCCCGAAGAACCUCAUCUUGUGGGGAUGCUGAUGUGUCAGAGCCAUUAUUUAUAGACAUGCUUAAAAGUAAUGCCAAGAAGACCACUGCUUCUGAGGUCCAUAUGACAGCAGCAGUGUCAGAAUCAUCAGAUAGCACACAAGGGGCCCGAAGUGGCAAAAAGAAAGGUAAAAAAGGGAGGCAAAUAGAUCCUGCUCUCCUCGGUUUUAAAGUAACAAGCAAUCGGAUCAUGAUGGGUGAAAUUCAAAGGAUUGAGGAUUAACCAAUGUCGUUCUGUAAUUUCUUUUUGUAUAUUAUUCAUUUACAAGUUGUAUAGGUUCAUAGUUCUUAUUUGCCAAAGCUUUUACAGAUCAUAAUUUUUUCCCAGUUUCAUUUUUCACCACCUCAGAGAUAAUUGAUGAUGAUACGUGGUAGGUAGGUGUUUUAAUGCCUGUAAAUCCACAUUGGGUACGGUAACAGGAUCUUGUAUAGAUCUAACAAUCCUAACAUUAGAAGAUAAUCAGUUUCACAGCCAUUUUUCUCAA